AUGAUGAAAUUGGAUUAGAAUUUCGUAUCAGCGUGAUUGCAGGAUGUCUAUAUACCCAGAUAAUUGGAAUACUGGAAAAGGGCUUAUGAUAUCCCAACAUCUUCAACUUCAGAGAGCUAUAUGAAACCAUAGCAACCCAUGGCUCUUUAAAUUAUGAAAUUUAACUUCCUAACGAACAAUGUUGGUAAAGAGCAUUAAAAAUCUAAAAUUGGGCAAUGUGUUUUGCUUAUUUGGUCAAGCUCUUUGUUGCUAAAAAAUCCCCAAAAAGUAACAAAUAGACAUUAGAAUAACAACAAAAAUGUCACGCACUGCAUACAUUUUCUAUGAUACUUGCGUUUGCGCAGGUUUUGUUGAGCUAUAUUUGAUAAAUGAAUAUCAAUAAAAGCUCAUUUGAUUAUUGGCUUCAGAGCUGAUCAGCAGAGAGAUGAUGAGAAUGCCUGGUAAAUGCAACUUUGUCUUAAUUCUUGCCCUUUUAUUUCGCCAUGUUAUGACGAACAAUAUGUGCAUAAAACCCAGCAAUGAUGAAAUUGACAAGAAAUUAGCAGUUUCCCAGUUCAUGGUGUUAUUUGAAAUCGGUCUCAAAAUGUGUUUCAAAGAAUGUGAAGCCUACGCCAUGUGUUUGUCGAUCAACUUCAACCGAAAAAUGUUGAUGUGUGAGUUGAACAGUCAGAAGAAAAAUGAGAGUUUGUUAUUAGUGGAUGAUAGCGAUUUUAUCUAUAAGGAUUUACCGGGCAUUUUUGACUACAGAGACAAAAAAUGUGGAAACGGAUCAUGCAACCAGCACUCUAAAUGUGUUCAGACGAGGUCCAACAAUUCCGUGUGUAUCGCAAUAGGUUGCGCUGAGCCAGUUCCAGACUUGAAAAAUGGACAGAUUGCAGAAAAGUCUUUUUCACCGCCAUCAGUCACAUUCGAAUGUAAUCCUGGUCAUAAAGGUGUAAGUACCAAUACAAUCACGUGUCCACCCGGUGGGAAGUGGUCAUCAUUGCCAUACCGAUGUGAACCAGUGGACUGUGAAGCUAUAGUUAAUGAUGAUGCAAACAUGACGAGUAGAGAUGCAGUCUAUAGGAUAUACCACGAUCCUUUAACAUCGAGGGACGUCUACUGCGACAUGACGACGGACGGCGGAGGGUGGACGGUUAUACAGAGAAGGUUUGAUGGGUCACUAAAUUUUCAGGAAGACUGGGAAGCUUACAAAAAUGGCUUUGGAACUCCGUAUCAAGAGUACUGGCUAGGAAAUGACAAAAUUCAUGCCUUGACCAGUGGAAGAAACCAGGAACUGCGUAUUGACAUGGGGAAAUUCACUGGAUCCAUGGUGUAUGCUCGGUACUCACAUUUCUCUGUUGAGAGUGAAUCAUCUAAAUAUAGACUGUCCAUCAGUGACUACAGCGGAAAUGCAGGAGACAUGAUGAUAAACGCUCAUAACCUGAAUGGCAUGUACUUCACAACAAAGGAUAGAGACAAUGAAAAUGACAACUCUCAAAAUUGUGCAAUCAACCCUCUCAGUGGCGGGUGGUGGUACAAUCACUGCGCAUACUCAGCUCUCAAUGGCGUUUUUCAAACGUCCAACACGAAUAACCAUCAUGGUAUCUUCUGGGGAACCAAUCAUGAAAACAUGAAGUCUACUAAAAUGAUGAUCAGAUCCAAGAAAUCAGAAAAGACUGUAACUUCUUUGAAAUAAAUGAACAUUAAUUAGAAAUUAUGACAUGGAGCAUUGCUAUUAUUAUAAUUUUCGUAAAGUUUGAUACUACUUGCAAGGGGUGGUAUUUAAAUGAUGCAUUAAUGACCAAAAAUUGUAGGCAACUUCCCAUAUUCAUGUAGCAAUAUUCCAUUAUCACCUGCAUAUAUAUGGUGUUUGUAUCUCUCAAAUGAUUCGAUACGCAAGAACUUGUUCUGCGUAUGUUUUUAAAUCGAAGCAGUCUACUAACAAACAAAUUGAUGUUGCAGGGGUUUCAACAGUCCCCUUUAAAGUCAGCAUUUGUCAAAUGCUAUGGUCGUUAUAACAAUCUAAUUUGCCAAUACUACUUUUCAUUGGGUCAAAUCUGUCUGACGUGUUUCAUACAGAUUGUUAGACCGUUCUUGGCACACUGAUUUUGACUACGGAUAACUCCGUUUACCUGGUGAAGAUAUAGGGCUCACGGCGGGUGUGACCAGUCGACAGGGGAUACUUACUCCUCCUAGGAACCUGAUCCCACCUCUGGAGUGUCCAGGGGUCCGUGUUUGCUCAACCCUCUAUUUUGUAUUGCUUAUAUGAGUUAUGAGACUGAUCACUGUUCGUUAUCUUCACCUUUCAUAUCGUAUAUAGUCUUUUGGCCUGUUCCGAAUCACUUUGUAAUAAUUAUUCAAAAAUACGUACAUGUGUAAUUAUUAAAAUGAUUUCUACUUAGAAAGUAAAUCACGUUAUACAUGAUUACUGCAUAUUUUCCCAAAUCAAUAACAUUAAAAUGUAUGACUUUUCAACACUAUACACGACCAUUCCUCACGAUAAAUUAAAGACUAUACUUUUUGAUAUCAUAGACAGUUGCUUCUUCAACAAAAAUGGAAAACGGAAAUAUUCAUAUCAAAAACUUACUUUGUUAAACACCACUCUGAUUCCACGCACAAGUACUCUGAAGUUGAAAUAAAAAAUAUGCUCGAGUUCCUCAUUGAUAAUAUCUUCGUGGUCUUUGGUGAUCAGGUCUUCCAACAAUCUGUUGGAAUUCCCAUGGGUACGAAUUGUGCUCCUUUGUUAGCUGACCUGUUUCUAUAUUCAUAUGAAGCAGAAUUUAUUCAUAAACUUCUACGUGAGAAGAA